CCCCUAGAAACCUCCCACCCCCCUCGGCUUUUCCCCUCCUUUGUGUGCAUCGCAUCAACUCCUCGUCGCCUCGGAAAUGCCGCAUCUUGUCUGGAUGCAACCCUUGGAGCCGUUAUGCUCUCGGAGACUGAGACUGACCAUGCGGAUGCGGGCGAUCUCACAGCCGACGUAACUUCCCCCACAAGAGGCUCGGUGGAUCGCGAGCAACGCCCAAACCAUCAUGCCAGUGGAGACCAACGGGAACAGGGUGCAAGCGCUGGCCAAGUUCAAUGUGCGGUCUGUAGCAGCACUUUUCGACGUCCGGAACAUUUAAAGCGCCAUUUGCGCAGUCACACAAAGGAGAAACCGUUCGAAUGCGGGCAGUGUGGUCGUCAUUUUUCCAGAACCGACACCCUCCAUCGGCAUGAGUUGAGUCACCAUACCCCGGGGGGUGAGGGAGGUAGAGACCGCCCGCAUCGCAUCACCGUCAAGACUUUUAGGGCUUGUUUUAGCUGUGCAACAGCCCGAGUUCGAUGUAGUGGGGGCAUGCCGUGCGGGCGCUGCGAUACUCGCUCGCUUGAAUGCCAAUAUCCGACGGAAAGACGGUCUAAAGCAAGACUCCGCAAUGGAAGCUUGAAAGGGCCGUCAACUCUGGAGAUGCUGGAAGUAGACACCCAGUCGCCUCAAAUCUCGUCGCCUCGACGGAGUGGGAAUACUGCGGCUCCUCCCCAUAUGAACAAUGAUAUCCCCCCCCACCAACUCGGGCAAUUCUCGAUCAAUGGAAUGAGCGAUACUCCGGCAUCACCCAAGACAUCAAUACACCCAUUUCCAAGCCCCGCAGUCCAUACCUUGGGGGAAAAAUCAUCAGAUGGGCAGGGUUCUGUGGCAGGCCCUUCCAAUUCUCAAUUCUAUACGCGAUCUGACAACACCGCUGCCGACGCCACUACCUUACCACCGGGCGUGUAUUCUAGCGGAGAGUACGAUCCAGGAUAUGGCGAGCUUCAAACUCCUGGAAUGCUUCCUAGGGGCACCACAACCAACAUCGUACCCGGAUUGAGGGAGGUUGAUGCUGGUAUGACUGGCCCGGGAGUUGACAUGGACAUAGACAUAACAGGACACUCGGAGAUGGGAUUGGGGUUUGACCCCUCAAUAUUUGAUCAGUCAAUGAUAUCUACGAUCAAUUGGCUACCAAACGAGUUCUUCGCCGGCCCAUCAAGCGACCAACCUCAGACCUCGAGGGCUCCACAGCAAUUCACCCCAGGCGCCUUCCCCGAGAGCUCCGCGGCGCGAUUCGCAUGGCAGCCUUCAGUCAUCAACGCUGACAACAUAAGCUCCUCGGUCCCUGAGAAUAAUACUCAUACUCCUUCCGAACCUCUUUCGCUUGGAACCGAUAUGGGAAGUCCUCGGCGAUACUCUCAUGUCGGCAACGAGUCAUCACCGCACGCCGAAUCGGUUGAUUCUGGAAAGCGCUCAGCAGAUUUCUAUGUCGAUGGUGGUGGUGCCAGGCUUCCCAGAUACAGGAAAAAUCGAACUCCCUGGUCUAGACCUGCAACAGACUUACCAACUACUACUGGGCAAACAUUUCGCGAGAAUAGCCCUCGUCGAUUGGGCUUUCCUGGUGUGCAAGAAGUUCAGAUGGAAAAUAUUUCAGGAGAAGUGCUGCAUUCUAUUCGACCCAUCGAAGCCACGACUCACGGCGAAAUCUAUCACAAUUUCCUUUCACUCUGCCGAAAUGACAAUCCGUUCUUUGAGAUGUUCGAGACAGAGAACUUCCCAAGACCAGAAGCAUGCACCCGAUACCUUGCCUGCUAUUUUGACAAAUUCCAGGCUGUGUAUCCCAUCUUUCAUAUUCCCACGUUUAAUGUGAAUCAGUGCCACUGGAUCUUGGCACUGGCUAUCAUAGCAAUUGGGUGUCACAGCUCCAGUAUUCAUGAUGCCGAUCAAUCCACAGCCGCCUUUCACGAGAUGCUCCGACGGGCCAUUCACGUUGAGCGUCAUGCUGGACCUCUUCCCCUAGACUUACUCCAAGCUUUACUCCUCAACUGCAUUGGACUGUUUCACAGCGGCCUCGAAAAAGAUAAGCUAUCCGCCUUGAGCGCUUUCAGAGAACUUGUGAGCCUCGUGGAAGAUAAGAAGCUGCUGGCUGCCUCGAAACCAUUGAAGGAGUCGAACAGGAUCUCGGGAGAAGUUUUGUGGCAGAAAUGGAUUGAUGAUGAAACUCGGAAACGAACCGGCUACUGUGUUUGGCUCGUGGAUUGCACGCUUGCUUAUUAUCUCGACGAGCGACCGCUCUUAUCCUUGGAUGACGGACAAGCCGCGUUGCCCGCCCAUGAGAAACUUUGGCAGUUGAAGUCGAUGGAGGAUUGGAAGCAGCUCUGGGAUCAAUCUAGCGGUAUUUUCCCUCCAAGCUCUACCAUUGAUCUAGGUCAAUUACCAACAGCAACAGUGAACGAAUCACUCUAUGACUCUGUGCAUAUCCUGUACAUCGAGAAGAGACUUGUCUCCGGCAUUGGCGAAUUCAGUCACAUCCUUCUCAUUCACGCCCUGUAUCAUCGAAUGUGGGAAGUGGGUGAUUACUUCCGUCGACCUCUAUCAUUCUGGAAUCCAACCGCGAAAAAGCAGGCUCGGGAGACUGCAAUCCCCACGGGGUCCGUUUGGCUCCCUGGAAUCCCAUCAUAUUCCAAGUGGCGCAACAGCGCCUGCGAUUGCUUAGACAUCCUCCACUGGACCGCAAAUAGCACCAUAGCGAAAGCUGCCGGGCUGGAACACCCUACAGUUCUGCAUCUCCAUGCUGCGCGUCUCGUGUUACUGGCACCCUUCCGGGAGAUUCGCUGGCUCGCGACGUCUCUCGUGACGGACAAGCUACGAUGGAGCAAAAGAAACCAAGCUAUUGAAUGGCAGUACAUCUGGCGCUGGAUCAAACAUGAUCAAUAUAAAGCUCGGCUGUCGAUUAUCCAUGCUGGAGUGGCCCUCUGGCACGUCAAAAGGUAUUCCACGAAUGCAUUUCAUGAACCGAUUGCUGCAUUCCUUGCAAUUCUAACGCUUUGGGCCUAUGGGUCCUGUCACGCUCACGAGCCCCCGGACCCAAGUCCACACACUCAAGCAUCUCGCAAUGAGCCCCUGCAGGAGCCAAGAUUUAUCCAUUUAGAUCGACCGUGUGACGAUGAGCUAGUGCAGCUCUUCGUUCGUGACGGCCACUCUAUGAGGGGUAAUGUGACAGGCGUGGGAGAUAUAUGCGCGUCCGAGGGCCCCGAGAGAAUUCUUCGAGUUGGUUGUGAGAUUCUCUCUGGUCUGAGUGCGUGGGGUCAGUCAAAGAGAUAUAUCUCCAUCCUGACUCGCUUGGCUGAUCUUCUGCCAGAAGGGGAGCAGAGCCGCAUUGGCAACGCGGACGGGUGCUGA